UGAAUUAACAUUAACAAAGCUUCAUAAAGGUCUAAAUAAUAUUUUGUUUUUCAAAUUAUAUAUUUCUUAAUUGAAGCAUGUGAUCUUGAUUUGUUUUCUGUUGCUGUACCAAAAUAAAAUAAUAAAUAAAAAAUGUUGCUUUUUAAUGAGAUUUAACGUUCGUAAUAACACAUCAGAACUUAUUCAACUCACAUCGUGAUGUCCUAAACAGGAAAAGGAGCGUGCCAAAGACCUUAUCGCAGCGGGGAAACAAUGUGAAGCGAUGGCCACCGAGCUGUUGGCAUUGGCCGCGGGUGCCGACUCGGCCGGACACAUUCUCACCGCUACAGAUAACAGAAACAUUGAAUUCUUAGACGUCCUCAUAGAGAACGAACAGAAAGAAGUCAUAGCUCACACAGUCGUCCAGAGAUAUCUUCAGGAACUCUGGCGCGGCAGCCUCAAGUGGAGUGGCAUCAAAAUUAUGUUCCUUUUUUUCACAUUUAUAAUUUGUCCACCCGUUUGGAUGGUGUUCUCUCUUCCAUUAGGGCAUAAAUUUAAUAAGAUACCAAUAAUUAAGUUCAUGUCUUAUCUUACCGCCCACAUUUACCUUAUGAUUCUUCUAUCCCUCGUCGCAAUCACGCCUAUUUAUAAUUCUAUUUUUAGGGAUAGUCUAGUACCAAAAUGGUAUGAAUGGAUGCUCCUCAUAUCUUUGAGUGGUCUAUUACUAUUCGAACUUACAAAUCCAAGUGAUAAAUCAGGUUUAGGGUGGAUAAAAAUAGCAGUGCUGUUAUUUGGUAUGAUAGGGGUAGCGGUUCACGUAGCAGGGUGGAUAUUUGUACAACCCAAAUACUGGCCUACGUUGAUGUACUGCAGAAAUCAAUGCUUCGCGCUAUCUUUUUUACUAGCAUGCGUACAAAUUUUAGACUUUUUAUCUUUCCACCAUCUGUUCGGCCCAUGGGCGAUAAUUAUUGGAGAUCUGAUGAAAGACUUGGGAAGGUUUCUGGCAGUGUUAGCCAUAUUCGUAUUCGGAUUUUCAAUGCACAUAGUGGCCUUGAAUCAGCCAUUUAGAAAUAUAACUAAGGCGGAAGACAAUAAGUAUGCGAGACAACAAAGAAGGAAACUGUUCUCCGACGUGACGAUGAACCCGCUCUCAUCGUUCGAGUUACUAUUCUUCGCGGUCUUCGGUCAGACCACCACCGAAAAUACGAGAGUGCAUCGAGCCGAUAACAACAUGCAACCCGCAUGGACGAAUUACUUAUUCAAAAUCGUGUUCGGCAUCUACAUGUUGGUGUCGGUUGUGGUUCUGAUAAAUCUACUCAUUGCUAUGAUGUCAGACACGUACCAAAGGAUUCAGGCUCAAUCUGACAUCGAAUGGAAGUAUGGUCUCUCUAAGCUGAUUCGAAACAUGCAUAGAACCAAUACAGCUCCAUCACCAUUGAACCUCGUCACAACUUGGCUAAUGUGGCUUAUUGCCAGAUGUAAGGAGCGUUUAACCAAAAAGAAGAGGCCCAGUCUGGUUCAUAUGGUCGGUCUGCAACGGCAAGAUCAGAUGAGCGCUCGUUCCAAAGCCGGUGCUAAGUGGCUCUCUAAAGUCAAGCGUGCGCAAGUCGUGCCCAAAGACUCAACACGACUCUCUGUAGUGCACCUCAGUCCGCUUGGCUCUCAAAUGAGCUUCAACAAUACAACGAGGAUCGAGAAUGUAGUAGACUGGGAGAUUAUAGCCAACAAGUAUCGCGCGCUGAUGCGUGAUGAACCUUCAGAGUCCUCCUCUAAAGAGAACGAAUCGGAUUCCGCUGAUGAGGUGUCAGAAGUGAUGCCUAACAACGUGUCAGCAGCACAACCUUGA